UCAGACUAAAAAUCUUGUUUGGUAAGUAUCUGAAUUUUUUUUUUUCAAAGCAGAAUUCAUUGUCUGAGAAAACACUGACAUGCCCAUUAUUAACCACAACAGGUAAGUACUUAAAAUAUACUAGAUACAAGUAAUAGUCAUGUGAAUUCCCACUACAAAGUUGCAUUACUAUUUUACAGUAAAGUUUAUUUAUCUAGAUCUGUAUACAUGUACAGUGCCUAUCAUAAGUAUUUGAUGUUUUACCCUUUUAUUGCUUUCAUAAAUCAAUCAUGGUCAACAAAAACAUUUAUUGGAAAAAAACUCUUUAAUGUCAAAGUGAAAACAGAUUUCUAUAAAGUAAUGUUAAUGAAAGAAAAUUAUUAUUGCUGUCAAAAUGAUCGUGUUAGUGGGCGAUAAUUAAUUUUUAAAAUUAGUGCCGUUAAAAAUUUUCACGCAUUUGACGCAUGUGCAGAAUGACCCGCCCCAUACAGCCCAUAAUACCACUCAGUGAUGCGCAGGGGGCAGAGCGGAUGCAUGUGUGCGGUGAAUGUAAACAUGGAGGAAGAGCAGGUUGGCCCUCUGGAUGGGGAAUUUCAGUUUAAAAAGAAUACAGAUGGAACAAUAAAUAAGGAGAUGGUAAUUUGCACUCACUGCAGGAAGGAGUUCCGGUUCCACCGGAGCUAUUCGAGCCUAAAGUACCAUCUCGAACAUAAGCAUCCGGGGUCUUCCAGUCCCAAAGCUACAGCUAGCUUGCGACAGACCACGCUAACUGAGCGCCGGCCAAUGACCAACUCCACCAAGGAGAAAUUAACCAACACAAUAGCUGAAUGGAUUGCAAAGGACUGUAGACCGAUUAGCAUUGUUGAAGACAAGGGCCUCGCAAAAUCAAUUAGAGUAGCGUCCCUCGACCCGUCCUACAAGCCACCAUGCAGAACCACAAUAAUGACUAGGAUCCACAGCCUGUAUGAGACCGAGAAAAAGAAAAAAGAAGAGGCUUUAUCUCAAGCGGAAUAUGUCGCCCUGACAGGAGACCACUGGACCUCAGUGAGUAAUACUAAUUACCUGGGAGUGACUGCACAUCACAUCACUAAAAAAUGGGAACUGGUCUCAUUCGCACUAACUGUAAUAAAAACAGAAGAAUGCGACUUUGCAUCGGCAUGCGCUGAACAGUUCCAAACUGUUGCGCGCAAGUGGGAUAUUGAGGGGAAAAUUACAAUCAUAGCGACGGACAGCGCACAUAAUAUGGUUGCCGCGGCUCGCAUCCUACCAUACAAUCACAUGCCAUGUAUCGCCCACAUCAUACAGAGAAGCAUCACUGUGAGUCUGGCCGACAGUGGGUUUGACGCUGCGUUGGCCAAGUGUCGCAAAAUUGUGGGUCAUUUUAAGCAGAGCCCAGCGAACCUGGUGGAGCUGAACGCAGUGCAAAAGUCACGAAAAGAAACGGAGGAGCCACUGACCCACGAUGUUUCAACGCGCUGGAAUUCCACGUUGGAAAUGGUGCAGCGCCUGUCACGCAAUCAAGCUGCAAUAAAAGCCACCCUGAGCCAACAGCAGCAUAAACUCGUUAUGCUGACGCGAGCCGAAUGGGACAAAAUCCACAAACUUGAAACCCUGCUAGAGCCCUGUCGGUAUGUAACUGAGCUCCUGGGUGGAGAGGCCUACGUCUCCUGCUCCAUGGUACUGCCUGCCCUCCGCCAUUUGCAGAAUACGAUGGAAGUGUCUGACAAGGACCCUGCAUAUGUGGUGAAAUUCAAGGAAAAAAUCAAGGACGACCUAACCUCUCGCCAACAGAAGAUCAACCAGGAAUGGCUCAAGAUAGCAACGGCAUUGGAUCCACGUUUUAAAGACUUAAAGAGCCUGCCCAAGACAGAGAGAGAAGGCGUGUGGACCACACUUGGAGGAAUGCUGCGAGACGAAUCACCCAGAAGAUCUCAACAGACUGAAGAUGGGCCACCCAAGAAGAAAAUGAACCUUCUUCUACAGCUGGGGUCAGAUUCUGAAUCUGAGGAGGAGGUACAGCCUGACAGAGCCAUACAGAGGUACAGAGCAGAGCCCAUCAUUGAUAUGGAGGAUUGUCCCUUGCGGUGGUGGUCAUCUCAUGCAGGAGCCCAUGAGAAGCUGGCCCCACUGGCUCGUAAAUAUCUGUCUGCUCCUGCAACCUCUGUUCCAUGUGAAAGACUCUUCUCAGUAGCUGGUCAUGUUGUGAACAAGAAGAGGGCAGCUUUACUGUCAGAAAAUGUGAAUAAGUCGGUUUGCCUCAGCGACUGGCUGGAGGAUGAGUAGAGAAGAGGGCCACAUUUAAAUGUACACACACACAGACACAGCAGAAGAAACAUUUGAUUUAUAUUAUGAUGAUAAAAGCAGGUAGAUUUAGCCUGAUGUUCUGGUUUUGAAUUUUUGAUAAGAAAAAAAGUGGCCCUGUUGUGCUAGUUUGAAGAGGGGGAAAAUACUGUCCCGUUAGUGACAGAAAGAAAGAAAAGUCUUGUUGAUUUUGAAGAGAUAAAAAGAAUACUGUCUAAGACAUAAAUUAUGUUCUUGAACAAUAUUAAUGCCAUCCAGUGUGGAUUUAUGGUUGUAAUGAACAAAUACAGUAUGUUGCUGUACAGUAUA